GACUGUAAUAAGGUGGCAAUGUCUCGGGAACCUACUCCACCCCUGCCUGGAGAUAUGUCUACUAGCCCUGUUGCAGAAAGCUGGUGUUACACACAGGUUAAAGUAGUGAAAUUUUCCUACAUGUGGACUAUUAAUAACUUCAGUUUUUGUCGAGAAGAAAUGGGUGAAGUGUUAAAGAGCUCAACUUUUUCUUCUGGCCCAAGUGAUAAAAUGAAAUGGUGCCUGAGGGUAAACCCAAAGGGAUUAGAUGAUGAAAGUAAAGACUACUUGUCUUUAUAUUUGCUUCUAGUCAGCUGCCCUAAAAGUGAGGUUCGAGCUAAAUUCAAAUUCUCGCUUCUGAAUGCCAAAAGGGAAGAAACAAAAGCAAUGGAAAGCCAAAGAGCUUAUCGAUUUGUACAGGGAAAGGACUGGGGAUUUAAAAAAUUCAUUAGAAGGGACUUUUUGCUUGAUGAAGCUAACGGUCUCUUACCAGAUGACAAGCUUACCUUAUUCUGUGAGGUGAGUGUAGUCCAAGAUUCAGUAAAUGUGUCAGGAUAUACUAAUACAAACACUUUGAAGGUGCCCGAAUGUCGACUAGCAGAAGAUUUAGGUAAUCUCUGGGAAAACACAAGAUUUACAGAUUGCUGCUUUUUUGUGAAAGGAAAAGAAUUCAAAGCUCAUAAGUCUGUGCUUGCAGCUCGAUCCCCGGUUUUUAAUGCAAUGUUUGAACAUGAAAUGGAAGAAUACACAAAG